AUGGCAGAAUCCGAGGACGAAGCUUCUCGUUUGACCUACAUUCAUGACGAGACAGAGGGCAUGCAGAAGAUGACGAGGCGCCUCCGAAGCUUCUUGCUCCUUCUCUUCUGGCAAAACAUCCUGGUCCAAGCUGCUAGGGACAAGGACUACAUGCACGUGCUCGGCGACGUGGCGAAGGCCAUUCAAGGAGAUUGGUGGCGCAAGUCACUGCGAUUAAGCCUUGCCGGCUGCGAUUUCUCCAAUGAGGAGGUGUUGGCCAUGGGCCUGCAGAGCCUGCCAAAGAGCCUCGAGAUCUUGAAGCUGGAUUUGCAGUUCACGGGCCUGGAUGAUAUCAGUCUGCCACCGCUGGCGCAACAGUUCCCGCCAUGUCUGCAAAGCCUUACGCUAGACAUCUCUGGCUGCCAUGUCACAGACAGAGGUGUCCUGGCUUUUCUGAAGAAACUCUCGCCGGAUCUCUCUGAAGCUACCAUCAAGAUGCAGCACAGCAACGUAUCGAAAGGUCUGCUGGCGCUGAGCAGAGAUGGCCCCAACGCGCUGCAGAAAUGGGCUCUGCUCUCCCAUCAGGAGCGUGCGGAGGCGCUAGCUGCCAAGCUAGAAAUCAUCGAAAGAAAGAAGAACCCUUCUGUGGCUCCUAAUCCGUCGCACGUGAACAAGAAAGCUGCGCUGGAGAGCUUGCUGAACCUGGCGCCUUCCAAGAUAGCCGCCAACGUUCUCGAGCAAGUCAAGGCUGAUCUGGCUGCAUUGGAAAAAAGUAUAGAGAAAUCUCGUGAGAAUCCACCCUAG